AUGUGCAAGCUUUUGUGCCUAUUCGCUAUCACCGUGGUCGUUGUUGGGAUGCCCAAUGGGCCCCAAAGGUCUGCCUUCAAAACUAUCAUACCACUGGCCCGUCGUCCCAUGAAAUCGAUCGUGAAGCGGGAAGUUCCUGCGUUGAAUACUGAAAAAGGUGUGGUCGGCACUGUCGUCGAGGAUCAAGACGAUAUGGAUAAGUCGGAAACAUUUGGCUUUGGAUAUCGUAAUUACUACUACGGCUAUCCUAGAUACCACUACGGAUAUUACUAUCCUGCCUAUCAUUAUGGAUACUAUCCGUACUACAGCGGCUACUAUUGGUAG